AUGGGAAAUGAAUUGGCUCCUCUAGCCCCCUGCUGGGACGCGGUGCGCAUCAUGGCCAAAGACCUGGUGCGCACCCGCCGCUACGUGCGCAAGUUCGUGCUGAUGCGCGCCAACAUCCAGGCCGUGUCCCUCAAGAUCCAGACUCUCAAGUCCAACAACUCGAUGGCGCAAGCCAUGAAGGGCGUCACCAAGGCCAUGGGCACCAUGAACAGACAGCUCAAGUUGCCCCAGAUCCAGAAGAUCAUGAUGGAGUUCGAGCGACAGGCCGAGAUCAUGGACAUGAAGGAGGAGAUGAUGAACGAUGCCAUCGAUGACGCCAUGGGUGACGAGGAAGACGAGGAGGAGAGUGAUGCCGUUGUGUCCCAGGUGCUGGACGAGCUGGGGCUCAGCCUGACAGAUGAGUUGUCAAACCUCCCCUCCACUGGAGGCUUGCUUAGCGUCACUGCCGGCGGGAAGAAAGCGGAGGCCGCAGCGUCCGCCUCCGCCCUGGUGGACGCCGACGCAGAUCUGGAGGAGAGGCUCAAGAACCUGCGCAGGGACUGACCGGCCUCAGACCCAGCGAAGGUCCCUUUGCACUAGACCCUCCGCAAUAAAAGAUUGGACACUAG